CUUUAGGCUUUUUGACCGUUGCUUUUCACAACGUCUCUCUCUGUUCCCUCUGAUCAAAGCCCAAGCAAAGCAAAACAACUCCCGCCUACAUUUCUUCCCAGUCAGGAGAAUCCAUCUGAAUCUGAUUGGAACUACUCCAGAACACACAUUGUAUCUCGACUUUCGUUCAAGUUGCAACCGGUAAUUAAAGAGGGUGGAUCAUGGGAUGUUCUAAAUCGAAACUUGAUGAUGAAGAGUCAGUUCAGCUUUGUAAAGAUAGGAAGAAUUUUAUUAAGCAGGCAGUAGAGCAAAGAACUAGAUUUGCAUCUGGGCAUAUAGCCUACAUUCAAUCCUUGAGAAGAGUUUCAGCAGCUAUUCGAUAUUAUGUCGAAGGAGAUGAGUGCCGUGAGUUCUUAUUAGAUUCUUUUAUAACCCCACCUUUUACGCCCCUUAAGAAAGGAAGUCCUGACUUCAAAUCGCUUCCGCCCUCAUCCUUCUCGACUGCAACAAUUAAAUCUAAUCCCAAGUCUACAUUGAAAGUAAGUUACAUGAGAUCAGGUGGUCAUCCUGCAGUUGCAGUUGAGGAGAGGCCUCAAUCACCAGAAACCGUCCGAAUCCAAGCUUACUCUCCAGUGAACCAUUAUAGCAUGGAUGGUAUUUUCACAAUGCAAUCCUCUACUAUGAGUUCCUCAUUUUUCUCUUAUUCUCCCAACAAUAGACCCAAUAUACCUCCCCCUUCACCUCAAACAUCUCAAUGGGACUUCUUUUGGAAUCCAUUUUCGUCGUUGGAUUAUUACAGUUAUCCCAACCGAAGCAGUCUCGAUCAGGCAGUGAUGGAAGAUGAUGUCAGAGGACUAAGGCAGGUAAGGGAGGAAGAAGGAAUUCCUGAUCUAGAAGAAGAUGAAACCGAACAAGAAGAAUAUGAGAGUAAGGUGAAAUUGGUAGAAGAGAAAGCUAAAAUGCAUACAAACUAUAAUAGAGAAGAAGUUACCGUUGAAGAUGUCGAUGAGGACGAUGAAGAUGAGGAUGAGGAGGGAAUAGAUAGCGGAGUUGAAGAUGAGCAUGAUGCAAAAGAUAUACAGUCACAAGGGAAAGUGAGCGUAGAAGUAGUACGAUCACAAGCUGCCGGACAAGUGGAAGUCAGUAACAAAAAGAUUGCAUUCAGAGGUGGUGAAGCUAAAGAAGAAACACCGGGUUUUACAGUUUACGUUAACCGAAGGCCAACAAGCAUGGCGGAAGUCAUCACUGAUCUUGAGGCUCAAUUCACAAUAGCUUGUGAUGCAGCGAGUGAAGUGUCAGCAAUGUUAGAGGCUAGUAGAGCUCAGUACUCAUCAACAUCAAAUGAGCUUACAGCCAUGAAAAUGCUGAAUCCGGUAGCUUUAUUGCGGUCUGCUUCAUCACGCUCGUCCUCGUCAAGAUUCUUAAUCAAUUCUUCAAGCUCCAGAGAGGCAGGUUAUGAAAGCAGCAGCUCCUUCUCAGAAGAAACCUGCAUGUUUCAUGGUAGCCACCAAUCGACAUUGGAUAGAUUGUAUGCCUGGGAAAAGAAACUUUAUGAGGAAGUCAAGUCCGGAGAAAAGACUCGAUUUGCUUAUGAGAAGAAAAACAGGCAUCUGAGGAACCAAGAUGUGAAGGGAGACGACCCGAAUGCAGUAGAUAAAACGAGGGCAGCAAUUAGAGAUCUGCAUACCCAGAUGAAGGUUUCAAUACAUUCAGUUGAAGCUAUUUCAAAGAGAAUCGAAACUCUGAGGGACGAGGAGUUGCAACCACAACUUGUGGAAUUGGUUCAAGGGUUAGCCAGGAUGUGGAAAGUGAUGGCAGAGUGUCACCAGGCACAAAAGCGAACUUUGGAUGAAGCUAAGCUUUUACUAGCAGGAGCACCUUCGAAGCUGGAAGCAAAAAGGCAAUCUUCUCUCUCAGCUGCUGCAAAUCUUGAAGCUGAGCUAAGGAAUUGGAGAGCCUGUUUCGAGACAUGGAUUGCUUCUCAGCGGUCCUAUUUACAGGCUCUAAGCGGCUGGCUCCUCCGCUGCUUGAGGUCAGACCCCGAUACAUCCAAGUUGCCGUUUUCCCCUCGCCGGUCCAGCUGGACACUUGCAAUAUUCGGACUUUGCAUACAAUGGUCAAGGUUCCUCGAUGCUACUCGUGAGCUGAAAGUCCUCGACGGUAUAGAUUUUUUUGCAGCAGGAAUGGGGUCACUCUAUGCACAACAACUACGAGAGGAAUCUAGAGUAGGAUCGAAGAGGUUUGCAUCUGGGGAAAACAUGGAGUUGAUAAACAUUGAUGAAGUGGAAGAGGCGAUGACGGUGGAGAAACAGAGUGAUGUUUCCGUAAGGGUACUCUGUGCCGGAAUGUGUGUUGCAAUGAGUUCACUGAGCGAGUUUGCAAUCGGUUCAGCCGAUGGCUAUGCAGAACUCAUAGCGAAGCUGCCACAAACUUUAAGUGGCUCCCAGCAUAAUGAUAGGGAAGAAUGUAAAUGCAGUUAGUAUGGUUAACAAAUAUGCCUUGCAAUAUUUCCGUAAGGGUACUCUGUGCCGGAAUGUGUGUUGCAAUGCGAGUUUGCAAUCGGUUCAGCCGAUGGCUAUGCAGAACUCAUAGCGAAGCUACCACAAACUUAGUGGCUCCCAGCAUAAUGAUAGGGAAGAUACCGAUGCCAAAAGAUUUUAAGGAGUUUUCAUGUAAA